UCAGAACGUAUGGCAGUCGUUGUGGGGCACGAUGAUAUAAAAGGCCCAACACAUUUUUUUAAAUUAAGCGAUUUGAGCUGUGCAUGUCAUUUCUACGGAGAGAAUUUAUCGAUCGUUAGUUUCAGUAGAAUCUAUAAGGUCUGGACGCUGAGUGCUACGCCGUAGACUUCUACAAAUCAAGCCACGAGUACGGCCAGAGAGACGAACGUUUGUCUUGAAGUUUCAGCUCACCAUGGCACCAAAUGAGAAACAUAAAGGAUGUGCUCGUGGACGCAAGCCUCACCACGACCACCAUCAUCAUCGUCGUCAUCACCACCACUCUCCCCCUCCUCCACCACAUCUAGGCUUCCACGGCCCGCCUGGCUUCAUGGAAUCCCACCCGUGGCCUCAUUGUGAUCCCCGCUUCUCGCAUCAUCACCAUCCUCCGGGCCACGAGGGAUUCUUCCAUGCUCCUCCUCCUCACCACCGAUUUGGAGGGGGGCGCCACGGCCGGAGAUGCUGGCCUGACCCACGGGGAAGCUGGUGGGAGGAUUCCUCGGACGAGGAGGACGGAACAGACCCAUCCAGAGAUGAUCAUCCAGAGAGGUUCUUUCCACGGCCCGGUGGCAGACAUGGGUGGGGAGGAUCUCGUGGAUUCGGUCGUGGCAUGUGGGGUCCGCGCGGUGGGGGAGGUCGCGGUGGGGGCGGUCGCGGUGGAUUCGGUCGCGGAGGCUUCGGUGGUCACUUUUUCGGACCGAGUUGUGGUCCCCCGCGUCACGGAUUCGGUCUGGCAUCCCAGCUACCAUUCGGCCAUCACUGGUUUGAAGACAGCGACAGCAGCAGCAGCAGCGAGGAUGAGGCAGCGGGCGCCGACUACAAAGCGACUUUCGACCUCGGGCAGUACAAGAAGAAGAACAUCAUCGUCAGAUUGGCUGGCAGGCAUCUCACCGUGGGAGCAAAGGGAAAAGGAAGUCAAGGUCUUUCUGACCAGCGUCCGGAAAGCUGCAGGAGGUACUUCGUGGAACAUCGCAACCUGCCGAAGAAGGUCGACGGAUGCCGAAUGACUGCCAUCUUGAAUUCAGACGGGUUGCUGACCGUCAGGGCACCACCAUGCGACGAGUCUAAUGACGAAGACGCAGGAAUCUGCGAGCGAGAGGUCCAGAUACAAGACGAGGUAUUCCAAGCAGAUGAAUGCAUGGAUGCUGAUGUCGACAGACAGGGCCAAGACAGCGAGAAGGAUGAGUAGGAGACUAGUCAAAAGAUAUGCUGAUACCUAACCUGUCUUAGUAACACUGCUUGUCGUUUUUAAUUGACAAUCUUGUAAAUAUUCAAGUUCGCAAGGUGUACAAUUUUAAAGGGGUUCAUUUACGUUUGCAAGGAAAGAAAUUUGUUUUCAAAAGUACUUUUUGGAUAACCAUUUUUUACAGUUUUGGGGAAUCUUAUACGAGUAGUACGUAGUACAUUCAAAGUAGUAUAUUAAAAACAAAAGGUAGUCAUCUGUAAAACGCAUAUUACCGAUUAACCACCGUUUAAUACCACGGAUUUUUUUAACCUCAUCGACGGUUAACGAUUCAGAUUAGAUUGACCAAAGUUCUCUUCGUGAUAUAUUAACUCAUGCUGUAAACUAUUUUGAAAGACAAAACAUCACGAAUUGUAAUUGCUAAUUAGGUUACUUAGCUUUUUCCAAUACAAAAAAGAGAGAAACAUACUGGAUGGAAGAAUGGCAGUUUUAGGCCAACUCGAUUUGUACUUGUAAAUAAUUAUUGAUCAAGUCAAUCAGAUUGUGUCAGUUCUUCUUAUUGAUGCUGUAAAACGCUAUAGAAAUUACCCCAGUGUCACAAAUACUGAAUAAAAAGCUCACUCAACACUUAUUGUAAAUAGAUAAAUUUAAAGGUGUAAUUAAGUCGUGAUAUGGCAAGCAUUGUAUGUUGGAUGUAAAAUUGCGUCGGUAAAUGGUUCAAAUUGCGAACCCUUGUGAGCAGAAUGCUAAAGGGUUAUUGUGUAUUAUGUUGUAAUCGGCUCUCUCAUAUUAAGGUUGAGGGUCAUACUUCUAUUCCAAGUACUUUUGAGUUAUAAUAAAUCCUUUUUGUGCUUUAUAAUUAAGGUUGCUUUAUAUUCUGAAAUAUGUUAACAGUUAAAACAGCACAUUAAGUUGUUUGUUUUUACAUUAAAAUCGGUUUAUUACUCGAUUAUUUAGCUUUACUGCUAUUGUCUACAACUCUAAAUACAAUGAGCCAGUGCCAAAAACUUACGAAGUACUAAUAUGAACAAAAAGGUGUAUUCAUUAUGUGCGGUAUAGAUUAAGAAGAAAUAGUUUGUGUAUUUUAUAUAAUAAAGUAAAUUUCCGAGAUCCUUACCAAAUCUAUAAUUUACUUUAUGUACAAGAUUAUUCGUAUUGAGAAAUAAAGACAGAAUAUAACAAAAUCAGUAAA